AUGCCAUCUACAGCCGCGACUUCGGCUCCGUCUCCAAUUCUCGAAAUUCCUCCUCAUACAACACCUCAACUACACCAUAAUCUUCAACACGACAGUUCCGUUCUUGCGCUUGCUGUUGGUAAUGAAAGUAUUUAUGCCGGAACACAGAAUGGAGAAAUCGUCGUAUGGCUUCUGGGCACAUUCCAGAAGACACAUCACGUACAAGCUCAUAAGCGUAGCGUUAUGUGUCUCUUCCUAUCCGACGAUGGCUCCCUACUUUUUUCCAGUGCCAGCGAUCCAAUUGUAAAUGUUUGGUGCCCCCGAACUAUGACCCGGCUCUAUGAAAUAUAUAGCACCAACGAUUCCUUUGGCGACAUUUUUUCCGUCUCCUACUCCUCCCAACACGAAACCGUCUACUAUGGCGCUCAAAAUACUUCUAUCCAAUGGGUUGGUCUCAAGGACCCAGAUAGACGUGUCCCCCACGAUUCCCCGAAUCAUCCCGAUCGACGGAACCACCGAUUCUUCGAUUCUCGAGCUGUUGGUGGAACGAGUACACCCCGACCUACCGACGAACGGUACGACUUAAUGCCUCGAUCUCAAACCGUACUUGAAACGGAUAAGCGAGCGAACAAGAUGUUCGCGCAUUAUGGGUACAUUUAUUGUAUGCUGAUGACGAAAGGCACAACCACUUACACGGAACCGGAUGAGGAUGUUUUAAUAUCGGGUGGUGGAGAUGGGACCGUAAAAGUCUGGAAGCUUGGUAGCCACGAAAUUGGUCCGGACGGGUAUGAGAACGGUAUCGAGGAGAUCAUGGUAUUAGGGGAGCAAGAUGCUAUGUCCGUAAUGUCCCUUGCUGUUGAUGGCUCAUUUCUGUAUAGCGGCAAGCUAGACGGCAUCAUCGAGCUAUGGGACCUUGAUACGAAGCAGAAACUAAGAGCUAUCAAAGCCCAUAAGGGUGAUGUCAUGGCUAUUAAAAUGGGAUGGGGUUACUUGUGGAGCGCAAGUCGUGCUGGAACAGCAUGCAAACAUAAUACUGUCCACUAUGGAGAGUAUCAGCGAGAUUCCUCGCAAAACGUCAAUCAGAAGUACCAAUGCUUGACUCAAUGGAAAGCCCACAACGGCAAAGUGUUAUCUUCUGCCAUUACAACCCAUGAUGGGAAACACAUCUACAUCACGGGGGCUAACGAUAAUAACGUCGCCAUCUGGAUGCUCAAGAACGAAGCAACAGCUGAACAGCCAUCGCCUGAAGAGCAUGAAGAUAUGAUGAUAACUUCUUUGCGGGAGUUCGUAUCAUUCAAGACAGUCUCUUCCAGACCCGAGUAUGCGGAAGAUUGUCGUCGAGGUGCCAGCUUCCUCCGCACAUUGUUCAAGAAACUUGGCGGCGAUGUUGACAUGUUGAGUGAUGAAGACACAUUUCACCAUCCCGUGGUGCUUGCCAAGUUCAGUGGGAAACUUGAACCGGCUGGGAAGCGAAAGAAGAUUCUGUUCUAUGGCCACUAUGACGUUGUGGCAGCUGAGACCAAAAACGGAAAAUGGAACAACGACCCUUUCCAACUUACUGGAACUAAUGGGUACCUAUAUGGUCGUGGUGUCAGCGAUAAUAAAGGCCCCAUCAUGGCUGCUCUUUAUGCUGUGACCGACCUCAUACAAGCGAAAUCGUUAGAUUCCGACGUUGUUUUUCUAAUUGAAGGCCAGGAAGAAUCCGGGUCCCGAGGUUUCAAAGAAACCGUGCGCAAGUAUAAGGAUCGCAUCGGCAAUAUUGAUUACAUCCUUCUAGCUAACAGCUAUUGGCUUAACGACGAUACCCCAUGCCUUACCUACGGCCUGAGGGGCGUUAUGCACGCGACUGUUUGUGUUGAAUCGAGAAAUCCCGACCUGCACUCUGGUGUCGACGGUUCAUAUAUGGUUAAUGAGCCACUAUCCGAUCUCAUGAUGCUACUCUCGAAACUCAAGGGCCCGCGAAACCAUAUUAUGCUACCUGGGUUCUACGACGGCAUCCUCCCCCUGACGGCCGAUGAAGAAGCUCGGUAUGAUGACAUUUUAUCAGUUCUCAUGGAACAAGGCCAGAAUGGUGUUUCGGCGGAGACACUCAAGGCUAAUCUUAUGGCACGGUGGCGCGAGCCAAAUCUUACACACCACAAAGUCAAAGUCUCAGGUCCUGAUGGAAGCCUGAUAAGCAGUCAUGCAAAUGCUAAGAUCAGCGUUCGGCUCGUCCCUGGGCAGGAGGUCGAAGAAGUUACUAACUCUUUAACCUCAUUCUUGGAGGAAGAAUUCAGCAAUCUAGAGUCGGAUAAUAAGCUGAGUAUUCAGAUCGACAACCAAGCUGAGCCUUGGCUUGGUGAUCCCAACAAUUACAUCUUCCAGACCCUUGAGGAAGCUCUCAUGCAAGCCUGGGCCCCCUUAUUUGACAAGAGUAGCAAUGGUAUUAGCAAUAGAGUAGGUGCGAAUGGACAUAACACCAACGGCAAACCCAAACUUCGCAAACCCCUCUAUAUUAGAGAAGGCGGCUCGAUCCCAGCCAUAAGGUUCCUAGAGAAAGAGUUUAAUGCCCCGGCUGCUCAUUUACCGUGCGGGCAAUCUUCCGAUUCGGCCCAUCUGGAUAAUGAGAGACUACGAGUGAUGAACCUGCUGAAGAGUCGCGAGAUUUUCGCCUACGUAUUUAAAAAGUUGUAG